AUGCAAGUAUCUAUUCAAGAUGCUAGUGAAAUACAGCUUCCAGAAUCCUCACCAAAAGAGGAAAGUGCAGAAAUCACAGAUGCAGCUCUUAUUGAGGUUAAGCUGGAGGACAUUGAGCCUCCAGCGACUCCUGAGAGUACCAAAGGUGAAACUUCAAGCACUGAGGUGGCAAAGACUGAAAGUCCAAAAUUAUGGAAACCAGUGCUUGGUAAAAUUCAAGCAAAAAAGAGACUCAUGGCUUUUGCCAACAAAUUUAAUACAAUGCCAAAAGUCAAUAAGUUAAAAACAAAGAGUGAUAAAGUUAAAAGGCAGGAAAAAAUUUUAGCCAUAGAAGAAAUUGUUAGGGAAGAGAGUCAAAACAAAUUAGCAGCUCAAGAGCUGAAAGACUUAAACGUGCAAAACGUACUACGUGAUCAACGAGCCCGUGAGUUAAAAGAAGAACAGCGUAACGAAAAUCGAUAUCGAAGACGAUUGGACACAUCACCAUACAGAAGACGACAUAGGGACAGAAAACGUAGUCGAGAUCGAAAGUCCCGCAGCAGAUCGAGGCAACGAUCGAGUAGACGGUCGGCAGAAGAGGACGACCAUAGCAGUAAAAGCAAGCACAAGGAGAAAAAAGAAAAAAAAGACAAGCGAGAUAAGGAUGAAAAAAAGGACGAUUCUAAGCACAAGCGGGACGAUUCGAAACGUAAAGAUGAAGACUCCAAAUCAACUGAUAAACAUAAAAAGAAGGUCACUGAGGCUGAUGAUGCCAAAAAUGAUUGCAAAAAACCAACGCAACCGAAGGAUUUGUCAUCAGAGUCAAGCAAAAUUGAGGAUACAAAGAACAAAAAAAAAGAUAAAAAGGCUGAUUCUGAGGCAAACGAAAACACCAAAAAAGAUGAUCCUAAGUUGGACAAUAUCAAAGAAACAGUUCUUGAUUGUAAGCCAAAGGAGUCAAAAAGUGAGGAAUUUAAAGAAAAACUCAUCUUAGAAUCUAAAAAGGCUGAAGUUGUAAGUGAGGAAACAAAGAUAAAUGAAAUAGAUGAAGCAGGCUAUGAAGAAAAAAAUAAAUUAGAAGAAAACAAAGUUGUUGAAAAUAAUAAAAGAGAACGUAAGAACGAGCACAAGAAAGAAGAACCAGAAAAGAAGGAAGAAUCAAAAUCAGAAAGGAACAGAAGGGAUUCAAAAUCAGAAUCAGGUAAAAAAGAGGAGGUGAAAUUAGAAAAAUCCAAGGAAAAGGAUCCUAAAAUCGAGGCCAAACGCAAUGACGAGCGAGAGGAGCUUAAGAAAGAUGAUGCAAGGGACAGAAAAUCGGAAAGAAUUGAUCUUAAAGAGAAGCGUGAAGAGCCUAGAACAAAAGUGCAUAGGGAACGUGACAGAGAAAAAGAUAAGUUAAGGGAGAUAAGAGAGAAGGAAUUGCUCAAGUGUCGUUCUUGGAAAGAUUUCCGGAGAUAUGGUUUUUAUAUUGACGAAGUGGGAUACAUAAGAAGAAGUGAAAGUCUUGAGAAGCUGAAUAAAACCAGAUCCCCACAAGAGUUUGAUCAGUAUUUUGAGCAGAUGCUAAUGCUUUCAGAUAAUCGACAGUUACGAUAUGCAUUUGUGGCUGAAGGUGUAAAUGGAAACAAAGAAUAUCCUCCUGAAACAGUCAGAACAACAAAGAACAAGCCUCCCAUAUUUUAUUGCGAAAAUCCACGAUAUUCAUUGUUUUUUAACCGUCAAGAAAUUUUAAAUGCAGUGUCGCCUCAAAGACGAGAAAAAAUGGAAGACAUUUGCGAAGCGACCCAAAUAAGGAUUAUAACAUCGGAGAAAGAAGGCCAUCAAGAGAGAUUUUGGUAUAAAACAAUGGAUCCCUCAAAAUCAAUAUCCGUAAGAUCCUCCAUCGAUGUGCCAUCUUUUCCACGAUCGAAAUGGGACAGUGAAAACGAAUCAAGCGACAACGAUGAUAACGUUUUUGAGACUCUAGCUGUAAAUCUGGAUGAUUUUGUUUUGACCAAAGAACCGAUUCCUGAAACUGAACAUACCUCAACCGAGUUAGAAACUCAGUUGGAAAAGUUACCACCACAGUUUGACACGAAGUCGCAAACUAGAUCAAAAUCAGUAUCACCAGUGCCACAAAUGUCAGAAAAUUUGCAUCAAAAACCAGAAUCAAAAGAACGAAAGCAAAGUGCAACGGAAGAAGAAUCAGACGAGUCUGUAACAAAAUCAAAAUCCAAACACAAAAAGGCUAAGCGUCAUCCACUUUCGGACUCGCGCUCGCGAUCCCGUUCGGCAUCGCGCUCACCGUCGCCCUCGUCGCCCAAGCGCAAGAAGCGCAAAGAAAGCAAGAAAGACAAGCACCAUAACCGCGAGGAUAAACAUCAUCAUCAUCAUCACCACCACCACCAUCGUCACAAAGAAAAAAACAAGGACAGAGGCAAAGAAAAAAGCAAUAAACACGUGCAGGAGGUAGUUGAGGCUCACGAUGAGGAAGAAAAACAAGUCGAGACAAAAAAAAUAACCACAACAGCUCCAACAAUGGUAACAACAACGGCGAUGGCGACAAUAAUUAGUGCCGAGCCUCCACAGCCGAGUGUCAAACAAACAACACCAGAUCCUGAAAUAGCUGACGACAAGUUGGUGUCGGAGUACGAGCAGUUCAUAAAAAUGGUUAGUAGCGUUGAUCCCACGGAGACAAAUAAGUCGGAUAAACCGUCAGGUAUGGAGUCAGCUGUUUCGUCGCCGUCGACCUUCUACGAAUUUAGUUUAGAGUCAAAGCUCUCGAAAGAUUGUUACAAGCCUGGCUUCAAUUUAAAUGAUGUGCCUAGGUCCUCCGAUGUCAUAUCCAGCAAGGAUUUAAGUGUAUCAAAAGACAGUGUUGUUGUGACAUCAGUGAAAAGUUUGGGGCCAGAAAUAAUUGGUACUAAAGAAACUGAAAAUAUACCUAAGGAGUUAAUGGUGCCUGUUCAAGGUAAGCAGCCUAUGGCGUACGAAUAUUCGAGACUCGAAAUGGAAAAUUACGACCGAGACGAUGACGAUAAUGAUGAUGAUGAGGACGAUGAAGAUGACGGCGACGACGACGAUGACGACGAUGAAGAUGAAGAUGACGGAGAUGAAGAAGAGGAUGGGGAUUCGCGUUCUAUUCCCAGUGACUGGGAGAACGUAAAAAUCAAGGAGGAGAAAGUGAGCGAUGUCGAAGUCUCGAUUCACGUGGACGACACCAACGCCAUUGCUUCCAAACCUGUAGCUCCGGAGAAAGGCAAAUUAUCCAAAAAGAAAAGGAAACGCAAGCGUCGUGAUAGCUACAGCAGCGACUCGAGCUCUUCCUCGUCGAGUUCGGAUUCCGAGGACGCCAAGUCGAAACGACGCAAGCACCGACGCAAAAGGUCACGUAAGGCAUCGACCACCGACUCUGAGAGUAGUGACUCGAGUUCGAGUGAAUCCUCUAGUUCUGAGGAGGUACGGAAAAAACGUAAGAAGAAGUCUGAUAAGAAAAAAAAGAAACGCAAGCGAGUAAAGAAGCUCAGCAAGAAACUGAAACGCAAACGCAAAAGAAAGAUUAGCACGGAUUCGAGCAGCACCAGUGAUUCCGAAGCUAAACAGCCUAAAAAGAAGCGCUCAAGGAAGGUCAAAGCUAAAAAGAAGAAGGACAAAAAAGGAAAACGCAGCUCCGAGGAAAAGUCUAAGAGCAAGUCUGAAAAGUCUGGCGACACUAAGCAUCACAAAGCGGUGAAGGUUAAGGAGGAAUCGAGUAGCAAGAGUAACAAGCAUAAGCAUUCGGAGAAGUUGAUGACAGCUAAACAGAUAAAAAAGUCAGGAAGUCCAGCUGUGUCAAAGAGCCAAAGUAGUGAACACAGUCAGGGAUCAAGUUGGGAAAGCGAUAAUGUGCCUCGGCAGACAUCAAAAGAUGACAAAUCUAAGGAUGUCUCUGAAAAAAAAGAGAGAUUCAACGAUGAUAAAGUGGAGGACAGCAAAUGGUGUAAGGGCAAGGAGGAAAAAAAAGAUGUUGUUCAGCAUGAAACCGACAUCGCGGUAAUGGGUGACUAUGAUGACAAAAAAAACAAGAAGACUAAGAAAGACAAUGAAAUAAAGAUUAUAAAAAGUCAAGUUAUUCCGGAAAACUGGGUUCUGGGUGACAAGCUCCCGCUAAAAUCUAUACCGAGUGAUGAAGAGACUCAAAAUUAUAUCCUCGAAAAAACUGAAAAUUUCAUACUUGAAAAAAAUGACAACUUCAAUCUUGAAAAAAAGUCCACGGUAGACUGGACUACCUUAGAUUUCGAUAUGCCUUCUCUUGUUCAGCUUGAACAGCAAGUAUCCGAGAAACGAGAUAUAUUUGCUAAUGACUGGGAGGUUGACAGCCUUGAUGCGAUUCCAGACUCUACGACGGGUCCAGCAAUAAAAAUAGAAGCCCACGAUGUUAAAACAGAUUUGUUGAAUAUUUCCAAGAUCAAAAAGGUUGAUAAGGAACUAAGGUAUGACAGAAAGACAGAUGCAUAUGUGCCAGUGGAAGUGGAAAGUUCAAAGGAUGGUAAAAAGAAAAGGGAUAAGCGUAGUAGUGCCAUUCGCAUUUGGGAAGAUGAGCAAGAAGAUGCAGAAAGGGAAGAGGAGCUCAUGAUGUCUUUGAGGAAAAAUAUCGAAAUGGAAUCCAAAGAAAAGCCAAGUAUUGCAACAGAGGUUAUAAAGACAAGUGAAGCUACAAGUAGCAGUGGUAUAGUAGAGGAUAAGUCAACACGCCGUAAACGUCGCUGGGAUGUGGAAAAUCAGGUGGAGGAUUUUGAAAAUGCCCCAGCCGUCAUGUGGGAAGUUGAGGGCAACUGGUCAUUAUUGUCACCUUCAACAACAAAGAUACUCGAUUUGUUGAGUGAGAAGUCUAAUGAAAAUUCUUUCAGUAGUCCAUUACUCGAGGCCAUAAGUUCUCGCCUCAAGGAUGAACCAGAUAAAAUGAACUCCUCGGUUCUCCACUUCACUCCACCACCAGGUUCUGAAAUUGACAUUGCUUCACCAGAAGCGCUCCGCCGUAAAAUGCAAGAAAUUGCUUUGCUGGAACAAGCUUUGAAGUCAGCUAAGGAUGAGGACCUGAUUUCUUCUGACUUAAUGAAGAAUCUUAACGAAUUGAAACAUAUAGUUGUAGAUAAAGAUGCUAUGGAUCUGGAGCCUCCACCAAAGAUGAUUGAUCCACCAGAAGUUCAAAAAAUUGCCUAUAUGAAAACUGAAGACGUUAAAGUUCCUCUGCUAAAAUCAAAAGAUGCAGUAACAAAACGAGUCAUAGAAGAUAAGCUAUGGGAAAGCAAGCCAACGACGAUCGACGACGGUUCGGACUUUGGCAUUCCCGUGCUCGCUGAAAUCAUCGAAUCUAAAAUCGAGACUGCAGAUAACUCUUUUGGUGGAGUAUUCCUUGAUAUAGAGAGUAUGAAUUUCGGUACUAGCUUAUCUUCAUCUCAAUCCACUGAAAAAAUAAAAACCGAGUCACUACCGGCAAACGGAGAUUCCAAGGUCGCAUUGAAGUUUGUGCCAAAGCAGGUACUAUCUCGACCGCAUGCCAGUGAGUUACAGUCCAAGUCACUUAUCCCUAACAUUAUUGAUUCAUCCGAAGUGACCAAGAAAAAAGUCUGUGAUCUCGAUAAUCAAGAAAAGCCAAAACCUGCUGUUGAAAGUGCAAAGCCUGCAUCAGAGAUCAUAAAGUCCUCAGUUGAAAGUAAAAAGUCAACUGUCGAAAGUAAAAAGUCGGCUGUUGAGAGUAAAAUGUCAUCAGGUGAGAGUACAAAGCCAGUAGUUGAGAGUGCAAAGCUGGUAGUUGAGAGUAAAAAACCAGUAGUUGAUAUACAGCCUACUGCUCCAAAAUCCAAGUCACCACCACCUAAGAGAAAGAGCCCAAGUCGCAAGGAUCGUGAGGUCGAAAGUAAAAGUAGCAAAAGUAGCUCAAAGAGCACCGAAAAGGAUGGCAAGGAUAAAAAAGAACAUCAAAGUAAGAGUUCAAAGAAGAGUCCAACAGCAUCUGGGGAAUCAAAAGAAUCAAGCAGUAGAACUAGUCAUACAACUAGCCACAGUAGAAGUAGGAGUAAAAGCAGGAGUAGAAGUAGGAGUAAAAGUAGAAGUAGAAGUAGAAGUCCUCGGAAAAAAGAUGAUAGAUCAAAGCAUAAAAGAGACAAAAGGAGCCCUGUUAAGUCUUCUUACAAAGAUUCAAAGAAAAGUUCACAAGUAAGUAAGAACGAUCGAAGCAAAAGACGAUACGAGGAUUGCCAUGACCAAAACAAAAGCAGAGAUAAGCAUUAUGAUCCUAUGGAGGUCCUUAGAGAAAGAAAUUAUGAAAGCGAUAAGAGCCGGAGUACUAGGUCACGGAUCGAUGACGAUACAAAAUCUCACUUAGUUAGUUCAUAUGCAAAUGAAUACAGUUAUGAUCGUAAAUCACGAAGAGACGAUAGCUUGGAUAGGGAUAAGGGUCAUCCUCGAUCUAAUUCAAGUGCCAGAAAGAUCAGGCGAGACAGACGAAGCAGCCGUUCGCCUGAUUCCCCCCUAUCUCGCCGCGAUAAACUAGCUCCGCUGAGAAAAACCCCGCCGAGAAAAUUUUCACCACCAAGAUUAUCGCGGCGGUCGCCACCAGAACGACGACUGAGGUACCGGUCAAGGUCGAGAUCGAGAUCGAGAUCGAGAUCGAGAUCAAGAUCGAGGUCUUGGUCACGAUCGACGAGAUCAAUAUCAAGAUCGCGAUCCCGGUCUAGAUCUAGGAGUAGGUCCCUCGAAAGGUCGCGGUACAGAAACGAUCUGAGGCCGCUCGACAAGUCUCGACGCUCUAGAUCAUUUUCGCCCAUUAGAAGCCGAUACUCCUCUGCGGCAGACCGUCUCCUCAAGUUUGAAGAGGAAGAUAUUCGGCACCUCAACGAAGGUCUUCGUCCAACUUCAGUGGGCGAGUCAUCCUGCAUAACGCCAAUAAGACGUCGCAAUGAUACCAUCAUCCAACUCACUGGUGAAUCUCAGGAAGAUCAACCACCUGUACGUUCUCAGAUUCCUUCUAUCGGCCUGACUAUCGACGAGUCGACUAGAUCGUCGUCACGUUAUCGUUACUCCAAUGAAACUGGUGGCGAAGCUCCGUAUGAUACUUACUACCAGAGCAAAAAUUUGACCUAUCCAAAGAUUGUGGACGAUCCGUCCGCGUCUCCUAAACGGUUGUCCCUUGAUGACAGGCUAGAGCUUGAGCUAGGAAUUAAAAAGCAGUCUCCUGCAAACUUUGAUUCUCCAGGCUUUAUGUCUAAUAUUCCCGGGUAUCCAAAUGUACCUCCAGGACAACAUCAUCGUCAUUAUGGACGACAUCAACCAAUGAUUUUACAGGUGGGCAAUGUGCUACAGGUUGUACCAACGGAGUACCCGCAACGGCCAGAAAAAUCGACACCCGUUACAACUGCCAAUCAAAUACUUCGCGUGGGCGAUGUGUUGCAGGUUAUACCAACGGCUUGGCCAACCAAGCCAUCACCGCAGCAGCAGCAGCAGCAGCAUACACUGCCAGUAGUGUCAACGGGAAAUAGUGUAGUAUCUCCGGUAGUGUUGCCAGGUGUAAGGUUCCCGACACCAAUGACGGUUACUCCCAACGCGUCACCAGCUAUUGCCACGGCUUCACCACUGUCACAUCCUUCCGUGAUCCCGGUAGUUCUACCACCAACGGUCAAAGCAUUACCAACGGUUGUCAUACCUGCAGCUCAAAGCAGUCCAGCUGUUGCUCUUCCGACACCGAAGCCACCUCCUCCUGAACCGAUAAUCCAGCCAACUUACAAUUACGAAGCGAUCCUUGAGCUUCGUCGUCAACAAAAGGAAGAGCGCAAACGUGUCCGUGAAAUAAAACACAAAGAAAAAGAGCGUCGUCGUUUCGAGCGAGCCAAGAGACGCGCUGAAAAAAUUCUCGGCAAAAAUCCAAGUAGCUUAGCUUCUUCGAGUGGCGCUGUUUUCACAACCAAUAGUUUAAUUGCAAGUCUCGUGGGUAAUUCUGUAGAUGAGAACGAAGAAACGGGCGCCGAAGAUGGUAAUUUAGAUGAGUUGAAGAAUUUGGUUGUGAAAAAUGAGGUCGUUGUAAAAACCGAAGAAAGUGAAGCAGCGACUUCGUCGGCUCAGGAUGGAGAUGUUGGCGAGGAAGAUGAUGAUAACGAAGAUGAAGAAGAAGAAGAAGAGGAACAAGAACAAGAACAAGAACCGGAGCCAGAAGAGGAAGAAGACAAUGAAGAACAGGAAGCCGAAGAAGAGUUUAACAACCAAGACAACAAAGAUGGAAUCAAGACAGAAGUUUUAGUCAACCCAGCUAUGAUUCUACCACCACCUGCUAAAGGCAUUCUCAUACUUCCGGGCUUUGGACAUCUUUCUAUGACAAAUGGAAUAUUGAAUGAAUUAGAAGGUGUAGAAACAAAAAAAGAGGACGUGGAAAAGCCUGAUGAGCUGCAGCUGACAACAAUUGCCCUAAAAGUUUUAGAAAAGACAAAGAUUAAAAAAUCAGUGCAAUUUGCUGAUGGCAUAAGGCCAGGUGAAGGCACAGAUCCCAGUGGUAACGAAGGAGAUAUGCCUUCUCCACCGCCACCAGUGGAGAAUAUACCUAAAGAUGAUAUAACGCUUGAUAUCUCUAAAAAAUUGCGAGUUAAAAAAUUAAAGAAAAAGCAGAAAAAGCCUCCAAAAGUAAAGAAGAAAAUAAAGGUAAAGAUUAUCAAACUGAAGAAACCAAAAGUCUCGCCAUUGUCGGCAAUGCUUGAGGACUCAGAUGAGGACGAUCGCUCGCCACCACCACCACCUCCAGGUUCGCCACCACCUCCUCAUCUUUGGCCAAGCUACCUACAGGUUUAUGGAAACUCGAUCAUACCAUCGUCGACGAACAGUACAAAAUCGUCCACCUCGACUUCCUUAACCGUUCCAAGUUCAAACGUCGCAUCAACGCUGCCACCUACCGAAGCACCACCGACGCCGUUGCCUCUACUCGUACCGCCUCCGCCACUUAACUAUUCUAUACAGCCGUGCAGCAAGGCCUAGGACUCUGUGCACUUUUUUUAUUUAGUUUGGCGUCAGAGACCACAGGAAACACGCACAUUUCUCAUACUAGCUGGUAAAAGUCAUCUCGCGUAUUUAAGUUUUGUACGUGCAGAUUAUGUUAAACGAGUCAACUUUUACUAGGCUACGUGCUAUUACGCAAAGUGACUGUGCGAAGAAAAUGGCUGGUUUAUUAUAUGGAUUCAACUCCUUUCGUUAAUCCGUGAUUUAUUUAUGGCAGGUAGGCCACAGAGAGACUUUAUAAAGUAGAAAAUACAUUUUUUUUUCGUUGAUAAUUUUGUUAUUUGAGUUGAAAAGAUAACUCAAAGAUUAUCUUUUGAACAAACUGAAUCUUCAGACUUUUUGGUUCUUGCUUAUAAAAGAUCUUAUGAAUUUUAAAAGUCGUGAAGAAUAAAUACUUUCGAAUUCUAUUACUUCUAAAAAAAUUUGUAUGUACGCAAUUAUUUUUCCUAUUUUAUGUCUUAAAAGUAUGAUACAAAGAUCACUUGAACUGUAAUAGUGGUCUUUAAUACACUUUAAAUUAAUCACACAAGUUUUUACGAAGUAAAUUUACUCUGGAUUAUUUUCUGUAUACUCAUUGCUACUUGUGUGAGACAAGAAAGCCGAAAAGUAUUGGUUUCAUAGCGAUAGUCAAUUUUAAUUUAUAUUAUAGGUACACAAAUGACUUCAUGUAAAUAGUCACUAUAUUCAUACAAAGCAAUACGAUAUCCUGUUUGUUGCUUCAGCGAUUGUUUGUACAUUGACAUUUGUCACAUUAUUAUUGAUUUUUUUUUUUUUUUUUUUAAAUGACGAUUUGCAUCCAUUUGGCGCAUGUAAUCACAUUUGAAACGAACGUGUUGUAUUCUGUUCGUGAUUUAUUGUUAUUUCUUUAUUCAUCGUUUGAUUAUAUUUUAAGAAUGCUAUUGAUCAUAGUAGAUGAAUUUUCUUAAGAAAAGUAAAAUUUUAGUAACGUAUUCAUAACGGUAUUAAGCGAAAUUUCGUGCUUAAUACAAAUGUAUACUGUGUAAAUAAUAACA